AUGGGCCUGAGCCACUCUAAGGCUCACCCUAGAGUGAUCAAAGUAGCACCUUUGCAAAACAAAGAGAAAGAGACACCCUCGGCUGGUCCUGUGAGCUUCGCAUUCACUGGGAACCUGGAAGAAAAGAGUACAUAUCCAUUGGCCAGACUGCAGGAGCGGAGUCAAGCUUUGGAAGGGCGGUUGCCCCCUCUCCGGGAGACCAGGUAUGGAAGAUAUUCUGCAGUGCCCAGGGCCAUGUAUUUUGACAUCCCACUGGAACAGGGAGAAACAAGUAUUAUUAAAAGGCAUCCACCCCGGAGACUUCAAAAGCUUGAACCUAUUGACCUGCCACAAGUAAUCACUUCUGAAAGGAUCUUGAGCCAGCGAGAAGCCAGGAUAACUCGCAAAGCAAAGCAGGAAUUGGAAAAGAAGAUGCAAAUUCCAAUGUAUACUUCUGGGAAAAGACAAUAUUUACAUAAGAUGCAAAUGCUAGAAAUAAACCGGAAAAGACAAGAGGCCCAAGUGGAGUUGAAGAAAAGUCUUCACAGGGAGGUGAGGAUUAAUAAGGAAAAACCGAGGGACAACACAGCCAAGAAAAUCUUUGACAGCAUCCCCAGAGAUGAUGACAGUGACUUUCUAACCGUGUUCCCUGAUGAAACCUUAAACCCAAGUCCAGGAAAUUCACAGAAUGCAGGAUUUUUAGAGCAUCACUCAAGGAAUGACUAUGGUCCCCGGAAAAUUGGCAAAAUGGAAACUUGGCUCCGUGAACAAGAGGCCCGGGGACAGCUGCUGUGGGACAGCUCUAGCUCUGACUCUGAUGAGUUGGGGAAAGUCACAAAGAAACCACGAGCCCUGGUGAGGACCAGGACAGAGAGAAUCCCACCUUUUGAUGAUUUUUUUGAUCGAGAAUAA